AUGGCAAAAUCGGAAAAAUCUUUUGAAUCGGCUGAAGCGGCUAGCAAGCCCUCUGUCGAGACUGUGGAGGAUGAUGCUUUCGACUUGGGUGGAAUUGAGAUGAAUCCAGCGAAGCGAGUGGCGAAGAGAGAGUCGCCUAGUAGCGAACCUGGACGUUUCCAGCGAGCAGAGGGAGGGCGAGUAAGUUCUAAUGAUGAUGCGUCGACGCGCUCCGCGCCGGUUGGCAUUACUGGUGUUGGAGAAGAAGGAGGUAAGCCUAGCAACUUGGCGACUGUGUUUGUGCCCGAAAAAGGAUUCUACGACCACCACUGCUGCGGUAUCAUUGGUAGUUCCAAGAGGGACAGGUUUUGUUUGAUAGACCCCAGGAAAUGUUCCAUCAAGUCUCACGACACCAAGUUUGAGGUGGAAAUGGGACACGCAUAUGUUGGUAUUCGUGACCACCCCACCAAGCCGGUUGGAUUCAUGACUCCAUGUGUAGACUUGGCCCAGGUCGACCCCGGCAUCAAAGCUGAGGUCGAAUCAUGGGUUGACAAGUUCCUUCAUGUGGACGCUCUUAUCUUGGCGAUGGAAGAGCGCAAAUCGACCGUCUACAAGUCGGUAGCAGACGAAGCCGCAGCCGUCAAAUGGUCGUCAGAAGUGUCCCCUCCCAAGUUGAAGACAGUUGAUGAAAUAAUCAAGUCAGCCACUGAUGUCUCCACUCCGUUGAAGAUGGACUUCAAGCUUCGCAAGGAGGAAAACAAAGUCAAAACGGCGAGUGUCAAACUCGACGCUUUGUUUGAGCAAGAAACCAAAAACGAGCUACCAUCGCCGGACGACAUCCAGAACAUGGUCGCGGUUGGAGACUUUGCCCAGCUCGCUCACAACCUGGUCAAGGCUAUUGGAAGUCAGCAGAAACAGAUCACCAGCCUAGGCGCCGCUCUAGAGGAAUCCCACGCUCGAGAUUUAGACCACAUCAACAUCCUCGAGUCUCUUGGAUCGAGCAUUCGACUUUUGAGCUCGAAGGUGGGAGACCGUCCUUUAGACGAAAAGAGGAGGAAGAUUUAA